CUAAUUUUUUAUUUAUUCGAUUAUUUAAUUCAUGAAAUUUUGUGCAAGAACACAAGAGGAAUGAUGUGCUUUUUAGAGUGCAAGCGGCUUAAAGUUACACGUGAAUUUCCAGCGGCAUAAGUUUAGCAAAAAAAAAAAUGCCUGUAGACGAAAAUUUCAAUUACAACGAUAUUAAUUUGGAUUGGAUGCAAGAUGAAAAAGUUCCAAAAGUCUUAUCACCGAAAAAAUCUGAAAGUUUAUUAGUGGAAAGUGGAUCUCCUCCAAAAAAAUGCAAUAAAACCAAAGCCGGUAAAAAGCGUGCAGAACUAGCUAAAAGAAUCCACGAUACGGAUACUUUAAUUACACAAAUAAAACAGCUCAAAAAGGAUAAACAGAAAUUAGAAGAAGAUUUUGGUAAUUUUCAGAAGAGUGCUAAUAAUGUACAAGAACUAUAUACAGAGGCAAAUGAAAAUCUUAACACUACAAGAAGAAAUUUAGAAGAGUUAGAAGAGAACUAUAAGACUCUACAUAAUGAAAUGAUAGAUCAAAAAUUGGGUUACGAUCAGCUACUGGAUUUGCAGGAAAAAGAAAAAAGCCGGCCUUUGGACUAUGAUGAGCUGGUCAUAAAGUAUUUAAAAAUUAUACAAAGACUUGAGGAAUCGCAAGGCAGUCUCAAAUGGCAAGACAAUCGUACAAGUGAUGACUUGAAACGUUACUGUAGUAAUAAGAACCUCAAAAUUCCCGCAUUCUGCAGUCCCAAAAAGUUACGCGUAAAGUUGAAAAUGAAAAAACUAGAAAAAUCAAUGCAAUGCGAUUUAUGGCAGCAAGAGCCAUCCAAAAGCCAUUUCAUAGAAAGCAAAGAUCAAGCAACACAAUGCCAAGUAGAGCUACGUACUCAAGGUACACAGCAUAUAAGCACAAUGACCACACGAGGCACUUCGACUUCGUGUUUUAUUAAACAACGCCACGUAGGUACUUCGUUCCCAGAUCCCAAACUCCAACCUUCUGUAGAGGAAAUACUUUCCGAGUUUGGGAAGUGGGAUGUAACACCAAUAUCGCCAUUCGUUGACUCUCAGAUGGAUGGAGAAAACAAAUCGUAUAAUACCAUCGGUACCUGCACAUGGCUUUGCAAUAUACGAAAACAAAUUGACUAUCUAUCUACAAGAGCUACUACCCGGCCCCUAUCACACCAAUUAGAUGAGGCCAUAAAACAAGAAGUCAGUACCCCAAUGGGCUCACCUACACCAACACAUGUACGAAACGUACACACAUUGCAAAGCGAUUUACCAUCUACCAGCAAAGCAGAACAAAACUCAACAAAUUUAACAACGCAAGAAGAAAGUUUUAAAAAGUCGGCCUUAGAAUACUUGAAUACUACAGCUUUUGAUGAGCUGUGGCAAGUGUUCGGUAAAAUGAUAUUUAGUUUAAUACAACCACGAAACGUCAGUAUGCCUUCUACUUUUUCCAACACCAAUCUAAACUUAAUUAAUAAUAGUUCUAUGCAAGUGCCGUCAUUCAACCAACAAGAGUUUCAUAACUGGCUAAGGGAAUUAUAUGAAAACACCCGUCGGAAUUGUAACGAAACCAAUAACUUAGGACUAAAAAAAACAUCUCGGUCAAUUACAACCGAAAGUAGCUCGCAGACAUUCGAAGAGGAAGUGCAAUCAUGCGACAAAAUGGACUAUGGUCUCUUAAAAUUUGGAAAUUCUAUAACAGGCAAACACAACGGCCAGCAAAUAAUAAAACCCCUACCCAGGUGUAACUACCAAAAAGCUUCAUGUUCACGGAAUGUCGGACAACAAAUUGAAAUCGUGAACGAUUCAUGCUUUUCUUCUUCGAAUCUUAAAUCGUUAGAUGAUUCCAAUUCAACCACUGAUGAAGAAAUAAGCCACCUAAACUUAUCUGUAGAGCAAGGGCAAGCUGCGAUAUCAUCAGAUAUAAGAACAUCCUCGUCUAAAAACAAAUUUGAUUCCUUAACUGAGAAAAAGAUCAUGGAACUUUUUUCAAAAGCCAAGCUGAAUAAAACCGAACAAAAAAUCUUAAAGAAAUUAUUGAAAAAGUCACAAGAGCCGAAGAAAAAGGAAACGAGGAGGAAACUGAAAGAUGCUGCCUUAGCUAAUGAACUAAAUGCUGUUGAUUUUUUGACAAACCUGCCAAAUUUUGCCCUUACUUCAGAUGAAAAGAGUAAUGACGAGUACGAGGGUGUUUUUAAUUUUUCGCCAAAGCCAAUACAAGAUGAUUUUGUGUUUAUCAAACCGAGUAAUAAGAUCAGACGAAACGCAUCCAAUAAAAUAAAGGAACUUUUCGGUGACGACACAGAAACCGAAAGUGAUGAAGAAGUUGAAAUAAGCAACGAACAGCAUAAAAAAGAAUUGAAACACACUUGUUGUAAAGAGGCGAAAAUUUGUAGUGAAAACGAGAACAAUAUCCAGGAAGACCACUUACAGCGGCGUCAAGAUAGUGAGGAAAUUCCGUCAACUUUGGUUUCUAAUAAAAUAGGAAGAAAGUUACAAUCCCCUAUCAAAGCUGAUGGCAAUAAGCAAAGCUCUAAUAAUUGCAGAAAAAAUUACAAGGAAAGGGAAGAAAGUAAUGGAGAAUUAACAGUAGAUGCUUCAAAAUGUAACCGAACGAAUAGUUUGAAUUUCGCAGUAAACUCUGCUGAAUCUACACUUUUGAGCCAACCUCUAAGUAUGUCACAUGGUGAAAAUCUCUCCCCGCAUAUGCCUACAAGUGUCAGUAAAGCGAAUGAAGAUGAGAGCAAUGAAGCAGAAGAACUGCGACGAGAAACUAGUGCUACAAAUAGUAACCACAAUAUUUUAGCCGAACCUUUAAGACAAGAAAUUAGUACAAAAAAAUUGCAAGAAAACCAUUUGUUCGAACGGUUUUGUAAUGAAAGCACAAAAAUGAAAAGUUUUCCUUGUAAAAGCUUAGAUAAUAGUGAAAAACCAAUUUUUAAUGACCGAUGUGAACAAACUGAUGGUGUAGAAGAAUCGCAGAAAUUAUUAACUAAUGCAGAUAAGACAAUCGAUUCCACUAAUUGCGAGAGUAAAGAUAAUGCAUCGUUUAGAGAUAGCCAAGAUCUUCCAAUCAUAAAUGUAAAUCGAACUCUUGAAGAGGACUUGGAAAUGUCUUCGGAAGAUGAAAACGAAAUAUUUACAAUUAAUGAAAAGUCAGAACAAUAUCGACCAAUAACCGAUAAGAUCAUUUAUAGAAAUUUUCAAGCAACCUUAGAUGACAAUUCCGAAAUAGAAACUGUUGGAAAAACUAAAGAGGAAAGUUUAAAAAUGUUGCAGAGAGGCUUUGAAAUGUCUUCCUCCGUUGAAGACUGUAAAGCGGAUAUCAUUGAAGAAGAAUUACAUGAAAUUUUAACAAAUCUAUCAGGGUCUAAACAUUUAGUUAACACAAUACUCGAUGAGAAUUCAAGAAAGAAUGAAGAAAAUAUUAAAAAGAAAGAAGAAAAACAAGGCAAAAAUCAAGAUGCAGAUUUGAUUCCUAUAGAUAAUAAUUGUAAUGUCAAUGAACAUGGGAAACGCAUGUCCGGGUUUGACGCUUCGAUAGUUACCUCUUCGUCAGUCAGCAACAAAGUUGCCAAUGGUUUGAAAGAAUCGCCAGAAUCACCUAAUUUUAAUACAUUCGCAGAAAAUGAGUUAAUUAUAGAUGAAGACUAUAUAGAAAUAGCAAAAGAACGAAAUGAUAGUAGUUGUAGUACUUCUUCCAUUGAAGAAGACUUGAAUGAUGCUUCUAUACUACCUAUUUUAGACGCCACUACCUGCCAAGAAAUGUUGACAGACUCCGUUUGUAACAUAGUAAGCGAUAUACUUAAUGAGCGGUGCUUAGAAGCAGACGACGUAUCCGCUCCAGCAAAAUCAAAGAAAAAAGGCCGCAAACGUAAAAAUGAAUUGGAACUGGAAACCAUAGUACCUCGCAAGUGUUCAGCCCGCCUACAAGCUAAACGUUUAUUGUUAGAAAAUACUCUGAAUUUAAAGUCAAUCCCAGUCGAACUUGGUAAAUAUACUACACCCUUGAAACAAUCAAAUAAUUUCCGUAAACCAACAGCGAAAAGAAGUAUGAAAGAUGAAGCAGAAGAUUUAUGUAAAAAAGAAGAAAUUCAUGUACAAGUUGGUUUCUUUAAGGAACAAGGAAAAGAAAUAAUUACGAAAAAUAAUAAGAGCGAGAAGGAAAUUUUUCCAAAAUUUGGUUUUUUUAAAGAACGCGAAGAAGAAGAAACGAUUACAAAAGAUUGUACAAGAGAAGAAAUAAUUCCCCUACAAUUUGGUUUCUUUAAAGAACGAGAAGAGGUAAUGCUUACAAAACACAAUAAGAGACAUGAAAAAGAACUUACACUAAUAUCUGGUUUCACUAAAGACAGUAAAGGAGAAAUAAAUGCAAAAGAUAAUAAGAGAGAGGAGGAAAUUCCUCUAAAAUUUGGUUUUUUAAAAGGCCGCGAAAAAGAAAUGCCUACAAAAGUUGGUACGAGAGAAGAAGAAAUAGCAUGCAGUUCAACGCUCUUAGCCAAAAAUGUAAGCGAUUCCACUGAUGUAUCAGAUGAAGCUCCAAUGGAACCCGACGACUUCAAGAAAACAGAAGAAGUGCAAUAUGCCAAAACUACCUCUUUUUAUACAGCAAAAGAUUCUACAAAUAUAUCAUCGACAUCCGCGAUAGAUACUACUUUCUAUGAAAGUCCGCAAUCACCACCACCUUUAGAUUCAUCUGUAGCAUGUCCCUCUACCAUUUUAAUACCUUUGGAAUUAAAUGCCAAUUUACGUUCACAAAUCUCAAAAAAUAAAUCGUUAAUUGAUCGCCUUAUAGAUUGUUACGAUCAAAAACAUUUCAUUCACAUCAAUUUCAAGUCGAGUAGGAAAUUGGAAAAAACUCCAGACAAACGUGUUAUUUCUCAUCUAAACGAGUACUGCCUUAGCAAUGCAUUCACGGAUAGUAAUGCAUGUGAAUUAGUUAAGCGUCUGAAAAACGUUACCUCGGAUUAUAAAGAGAUUUGCAGUUCUCUGAUUCAUGUGGCAAAAGAGUUGCCGGCUUCGAAUGUAGAAGAAAAGGAUUUACCAUCUGUUAUACAAGAUAUGCCACCAUCGCACCUAAGUCAUCCUUUACAAGGUUUUUUCGCAGUUUUAAAACAUUUUCUUAAUGAAGAAACGGAAUUCUGCAACCAUUUAAUUGCCGAAAUCGAUGAAAUACUUUUCAAUUGCUUGCAAAAUCAACGGAUAUCUUUGCACGGUGCUCUUAAUCUUACUCAACUGUAUUUUUUGGCUGUCUCGUUGCAGGAGAAUCAAUUGGAUAAACAUCCAGCGCGUCUUUUCAUUGCCAACUGUAUUUACUAUCAUACUCUUAAGGCGAUUCCUAUGAUUCUUGAAGUUCUGAUGUGGUAUCCUACCGUUUUGCCGCCCCGCGAAGAUCGCACCUACGAUCAUUCUGAUCCUUUAAUUACGGUUAUAAAACACAUAUUAAUGAACACGAAAUAUGAUAUGAAUAAUAAGGAAUUACGCGGCAAAAAGUUAAUAUCGAAACUACGCUUUGAAUAUCACUUUACUCCAUUUGAACCGAAACGUGAUGACGUCAUCAAUAAUUUAGUAGAACAUCUAAAAGCGAAUAAAACGGAUAAUAUAGAUGUAGCCUUUAGUUUGCUAGCCAAACGUAUGUCACCCGAUGAUACUGAAAAACGUAUUUUAAAUUCUCAUCUCUUACCGAUGGCUAAUAAGUUUUAUAAUUCCGUUUCCGAGACGAAAGAUUGCGACUCUCUUGUUAUAAUUUUACUCGAUGUCAUAUCGAAGAUAGUAAAACCUUUUCCUCUUCGCCGAGAUAUUGAAAGCUAUUUAAAUCUCUUCUCAAUCUUUUUGAAUUUAAUCGAUCGCCCUGCGAUACAGGAGGCAGCGUUGUGCGCGAUUUUGCGUUUACAACGAUUCGGUUACGUCAAUUGCUAUCAACUGAUAAGACAUUACCGUCCCAUGCAUGAGUUAAAUCCUUCUACAGCAGCUAUGUUGAAAACAUUUAUAUAUCGUAAACCUUUAAAAUUUUGGAAAACGGUACGUUUUCAAAGUAAAACGUAGCGUUUGCAUUAGUUACCUUCUAAUCUAAAUUGUAUGCUAUAAUGUUCAUUAAAUUGUACGUUUUUGUUUUCGUUCUUUCUUUAUUUAAUACGUCAUUA